AAGGAUAUUGAAACAGUUCUCUACAUUAGAGGACAAAAUAGACCUAGAUUUACUUACUCUGCUUUUUACUUCACCUGAUGGAAAUGUGCAAACGUAAGUAAUCUGUAGCAAGGGUUUAUUGGGUACUAGCUUUGUUAUCCACACCUGCUUAGAAAUAAACGAGAUGAAGAGCAUCUGCUGGUGUAGGAGGUGUGAUGCUGAGUGGAGUGGGGGAGGGGCAGCAGCAGCUUGCUCUUACUAGAUGGGAGGAUGCGCUGGAAGACGGGCUGGAUAGCCAGCCGGAUAAUGGGAUUUACCAAAACCGUAUGAGUCGGUUCCGUCCGUUUCCCCGUUCCUUCCCCCUUUCACACACCAGCCUCGGUGGCUGCUCCGUUGCCGCCUGUCGCUCCAUACCGUGUCCCUACAGUCGUUCAGCUGCUGCUCUGCCUGGAGACAGGCGGCGCACCGAGGCGACGCCACCAGAGUCCUGUCGGGCCUGAUCAGAAUAUUUCCCUCAUCAGUGAUCAGUGCUCAGCAACACCUCAACUAAAAUAUCCUGCCUCUCAAUGUUAUGGCUGUGGGGUUUGUGCUUCUCUUGUCCCUCCUGCUCCCGUCCCCACGCCCGUCUCUGGGUGUGUCUCCUCCCUGUCCUGCCGGCUGCCGCUGCUACAGCCUCACUGUGGAGUGUGGCUCCACCGACCUGAGGGACAUCCCCAGACUCAUUCCUCCUUCCACUCAGACCAUCUUCCUCCAGGACAAUGUGAUCAGUCAGAUUCGCCUAGUGGACCUAACGCUGCUGAAGCACCUUCAUUAUCUGUAUCUGCAGAACAACACCAUUUCAGGUGUGGAGCCUGGCUCUUUUAGGGACCAGAGCCAGCUGUUGGAGCUUGCCCUGAACAGAAACCGGAUCCACUUGCUCACACCGAACAUGCUUCAGGGGCUUGAACAGCUCCGCAUACUGUACCUGUCAGGAAAUGACAUCACACGCCUGCUGGACUAUACCUUCCAGGGUUUACAGCGUCUGCAGGAGCUCCACUUGCAGCAGAACAGCAUAGAGAUGAUAGCAGACAAGGCUCUGUUUGGUUUGACUUCUCUGGCUCUGCUGGACCUGAGCAGGAAUAACCUCCACACCAUUGGUCCUACAUCCCUGCAGCCGCUGGUUAGCCUGCAGGUACUGCGGAUUACAGAUAACCCCUGGCGCUGUGAUUGUGCUCUCCACUGGCUGAGGAGGUGGAUUGAUGAAGAUGGUCAGCGUCUGCUCAGCUCUGCCGAACGCCGGCUGGUCUGUAAUGAGCCACCACGUCUUUCCCACCUCAGCCUUGUGGAAGUCCCACUCAACAGCCUGGUGUGUAUCCCUCCAGUAGUUCAGCUGGAACCAAGAAGGUUGGCAGUCCAUCUGGGGGAGAGCCUCAGGGUGUCCUGCCAUGCCUCCGGCUAUCCCCGGCCACAAGUGACUUGGAAGAAAGCAUCUCAAAGUCAAGUGGUGGACUCCCCUCGGGGUCUGGUUCAGGAUCUGGGUGCUGGAGGAGGGGAAGGGUCAGAGGAGCCGUUUGUAGGCAGAGUCAGCCUCCAGAAGACCGCCGGCGAGUACUUUGACCCUGACACUGGCAGUGGCAUGCUGUUCCUCAGUAAUGUGACUGUGGCCCACGCAGGUUUUUAUGAAUGCGAGGCCUGGAAUGCAGGAGGUGUAGCCAGGGUGACUUUUCAGCUUGCUAUCAACUCAUCUACUUCUUCCUCAAUUUGGGCCUCAUGGUCUCAGGUUUCCUCAGCGUAUUCCCCAGCUUGGCCCCGGCUGAGGAACCACAGCCCGGUUUUGGGUUCUGAUGUGAGCCGGGAGCCGCUAUACGCUCUGGGCAGCAUGGCCUUCAGUGCUCUGGGAGCUGCCACUCAGACUGCCAUCGCUGUGGGCAUCUCCCUGCUGGCUUUGACUGCUCUGCUGCUAGUAGCCAUGAUCUACAGCCGACAUCACCAGCGGGACAAGGACGCCGACGGCGCUGAAAAGCAGGAGGAGAGCAUCCUGUAUGUGAAUGACUACUCUGACGGCCCCACCACCUUUGCCCAGCUAGAAGAGUACCGUGAUGAACAAGGCCAUGAAAUGUAUGUACUGAACAGAGCCAAGCCUGUGCUUCCCCCAGCAGUCUCCACUACUGAUCUGGACUGCCACGCACCAUCCGACACCUCCAGCCAAACCCUGUCCAUUGGGCCAGGCAAAACUACAAAUCCCACUGUCCCUCAGAACAAACAGGAGCAGCAAGAAAUUGACAUACGAACCAUGAGACGCAUUGCAGGGGAAGGAGGAGAAGCAGAGCCUAUUAUCACGUCAGAGGCUGAAGGGUUGUUUCUCAACCACACUGGGGUGUUUAUGGAAUCUCAGAUAGCUUAUGAGAUCCACUGCUAAAGGACUGCAGACAGACAGUAUUGUACCUUUGAAAAACCUCAUUGUUUAAUUUAGCAAUGAACGAUAAAGGCUCCCCCUGCUGACGCGUUCCGGAACACCAGACUCACCCAGGACAGACCAGAACAAUCCUGAACAAGAUAAAGCUCACAACCUAAAAACAGUUCAACCUUAAUACAGUUCUGAUGGAACUGUAUGAUGAGCUCUCAGGUAGGCUAUUAUAUACUGGUUUUGGAGGGGAGCUCUGGGGCUGGCCUCAUCCAUGACAGCAGAAGACCUAUACUACUGUAUUACUGUGGAAAGAAACUGGUGAAAAGUUGACCACGCUAUCAAGUUUCUCCUGUUAAGUUCUAGGGAAAGCUUGUGUGGUUGAAUAACAUGUUCAUCGAUGUACAGGAACUUCGUUGAACCACUAGAAGGAUGUACAGUUAGAUCAAGUGGACAAAAAUAGAGUUUUGUAGUUAUAGAUAAAAUAUUUGAAAUCUGAUUCCCAUCUCUUGCUGCUAUCAUUAUAACUUGAUGUUAAAUUCCGGACAAUAAAAAAACAGGGUUUUUCCAUUCUUUCCUCCCCCAACAUUUACACAUGUGGACAAAAUUGUUGAUACCCCUCACUUAAUGAAAGAAAACCCACAAUGGUCACAGAAAUAACUUGAAUCUGACAAAGGGAAUAAUAAAAAAUAAUUAUAUGAAAAUAAAUGAAAGGCAGACACUGCUUUUCAAACAUGCUUCAACAAUUAUGUUAAAAAAUAAACUCAUGGAACAGGCCUGGACAACAAUGAUGGUACACUUAACUUAGUAUUUUGUUGCACAACCUUUCGAGGAAAUCACCUCAAUCAAACGAUUUCUACAACUGUCAAUGAGACUUCUGCACCUUUCAGCAGGUAUUCUGGCCCACUUCUCAUGAGCAAACUGCUUCAGUUGUCUCAGGUUUGAGGUCUUUUCCAGACAACAUGUUUCAGCUCCUUCCAAAAGAUGCUCAGUAGGAUUCAGGAGAGGGUCCAGAAGGUCACUUUAGAACAGUCCAAUGAACUAUAGUCCCAUGGAUGUUAAAUUUCUGAGUAAUAUGUGCAACUGUAGUCAGAGGAACAUCAAGCUGCUUGGAGAUGGUCUUAUAACCUUUACCUUUAUCGUGCUUGUCUGUAAUUUUCUUUCUAAUCUCCUCAGACAACUCUUUCCUUUGCUUGCUGGUCCAUGUUGAGUGUGAUACACACCAUAUCACCAAACUGCGCUGUUUGGUGAUAUGGUAUCACCUGUAGCUCUAUAUGUACGCCAUUGUUUGCAAGAAUGUAGACACCUGUGAUGCUAAUUAGUGGACACACCAUCAUUUAACAUGUCCAUUUGGUCACAAUAUCAUCGUUUUUGUCCAGGGCUGUUUCAUGAGUUUAUUUUUUAACUUAAUUUUGUUGAAACAUAUUUGAAAAGCAAUGUCUGACUUUCACUUAUUUUCAUAGAUUUUUUAUUCAUUAUCACCUUUGUCAGAUUCAAGUUAUUUCUGUGACCGUUGUGGAUUUUUCUUUUACUAACCGAGGGGCACCAACAAUUUUGUCCAUGUGUGUAUGUCCAUCUUGGCUCAGUCAGGAUGACAAGUUGGAUUUUAAUAAGUGUGGGCUGAAUAAUGGAUGGUAUAGAACACAGGUGUCAAACUCCUGUCCCGGAGGGCCACUGCCCUGCAACUUUUAGAUGUGCCUCUGCUGCACCACACCAU